ACCGUCUCCUCCUCAUAUCCUCCGUUGGCAAUUCAAGAAUCCAACCCGGAUGCCACGAUGCCAGAACCAAUCUGCUUCCAUGCGAGCGCUCCCACGGUGAACAUCUCGACCGAUAUCGGCUGCCCCAGCGGCGCCGCUCUCUCGUGUGGUCUAAACAUCUCCCGCUUCUUGGAGAACGCCACCGAGCAGGACGUGGAGGAAAUGUGCUUGAGCGAAGAGGAAUACAUGUCCAUGGAACUGGGGCCCCCGAGGUCUCCGGUCUUCCUUCCCGUCUGCGUCACCUACCUGACCAUCUUCACGGCGGGCGUCUUGGGCAAUUCCCUCACCUGCGCGGUCAUCUUGCGCUACAAAGUGAUGCAGACGCCAACCAACUACUACCUUCUGAGCCUGGCUGUGUCCGACCUCCUGGUUCUACUUCUGGGCAUGCCGCUGGAACUCUACGAGAUGUGGCAGAACUAUCCGUUCCUGUUCGGGGAGGGCGGCUGCUACUUCAAAACCUUCCUGUUCGAGACGGUCUGCUUCGCUUCCAUCCUCAACGUCACGGCCCUCAGCGUGGAGCGUUACAUCGCCGUGGUGCACCCCCUCAAGGUCAAACACAUGACCACGUCCACUCACGUCAAGAGGGUGGUCUUCGCAUUGUGGUCGCUCUCCAUGCUGUGCUCCGUUCCCAACACCAGCCUGCACGGGAUUGCGGUGCUGCCGCCACGGUUCGGACGAGACUUCCCGCGCUCUGCCAUCUGCCAGUUGGUCAAGCCCAAAUGGAUGUACAACCUGAUCAUCUUGAUUUCCACGCUGGUCUUCUUCAUCCUGCCCGUGCUGAUCAUCAGCAUCCUCUACCUUCUGAUCGGACUGCAGCUGCACAAGGAGAGGAUGCUGAGCACGGUGGAGGACGCGUGCAGCUUUGGACCGGAAAGCCUCCGCAGAUCCCACAAGCAGAAAGUGAACAAACGCAACCUUCAAGUCACCAAAAUGUUGUGUGUGCUGGUGAUCGUUUUUGGUCUGUGUUGGGCUCCCUUCCACGUGGAGCGUCUGAUGUGGAGUCUCAUGGACACGUCGCUCGAGGGGCACCUGCGGAUCUUCGAGCACAUCCACGUGGUCUCGGGCGUCUUCUUCUACCUGAGCGCCGCCGUCAACCCCGUCCUCUACAAUCUCAUGUCCACGCGUUUCAGAGAAAUGUUCCGACACAUCUGGUGCCACAGCGACACCUGGUCGCUGCGCUCCAGCUUAGAGAGCCAGAAAGCGCAGCCAAGCGUCAGAUGGACUCGAACGGCCACGUUGACGCAAAAUACGUUCAACCGGGAUGGCUGAAUUAUUCAGACGGCGGUUGUUUGAUAAGCGAAC